UGGAGACCAGGACCAGCCGGAGACCGCGCAGCAGCGCCCAGCAACACUUACUGCUGGCGGUCGCUCUCAUAGCAUGCAGCUCGCAACUACUGGUGGACGCGAACUCCUGGUUGUCGUUAGCGAUGAACCCUAUCCAGAGACCGGAGAUGUACAUCAUCGGGGCCCAGCCUCUGUGCAGCCAGCUGACGGGACUCUCCCAGGGGCAGAGGAAGCUGUGCCAGCUCUACCAGGACCAUAUGGUCUACAUUGGCGAGGAGCCAAGACGGGCAUCAAUGAAUGUCAAUACCAGUUCAGACAGCGGCGGUGGAACUGUAGCACCGUGGAUAAUGCAUCCGUGUUCGGACGCGUCAUGCAGAUAGGCAGUAGGGAGACAGCCUUCACCUAUGCCAUCAGUGCAGCAGGCGUGGUGAACGCGGUGAGCAGGGCGUGUCGGGAAGGAGAACUCUCCACCUGCGGAUGCAGCCGCGCCGCUCGACCCCGUGACCUACCGCGUGAUUGGCUGUGGGGUGGCUGUGGCGACAACGUCAACUAUGGCUACCGUUUCGCCCGGGAGUUUGUGGACGCGGGAGAGAGAAAAGAACUACCCUCGAGGUCCAUAGAACACACUAGAACAUUGAUGAACCUACAGAACAACGAAGCAGGGAGACAGUCGGUGUAUAACCUGGCCAACGUGGCGUGUAAGUGUCAUGGCGUGUCCGGCUCCUGUAGCCUGAAGACGUGCUGGCUCCAGCUGGCAGACUUCCGCCGCGUCGGAGAGUUCCUGAAGGAGAAGUACGACAGCGCCGCCGCCAUGCGCAUCGACGCAAGGGAAACUGGAGCAGGUAGAUAAACGCUUCAACGUCCCGACCCCGAGGAUCUGGUCUACACCGACCAGAGCCCAGACUACUGUCUGAAGAACGACACCACCGGCUCCAUGGGAACCCUGGGGAGACUCUGUAACAAGACGUCGGAGGGGAUGGAUGGCUGUGAACUCAUGUGUUGUGGGAGAGGAUACGACCAGUUCAAGACCUAUAAGCAUGAGAGAUGUCACUGCAAGUUCCACUGGUGUUGUUAUGUCAAGUGUAAGAGGUGCACUUCACUGGUGGAUCAGUUUGUCUGCAAGUAGCGAAGGAAGGGAGGGGGUCUGGACGAU